AUGUUGCUUCCACGAUACAUACAUUCCAGGCGUACGGAUUCGGGCAGGAGUAGCUCUGUUCCCAACAGUUCCUGGGCCGCGGUUAUUGUUGUCAUUUCAGUCGCCAUAUUCGCCAUAAUCGUCGUCCUAUGCUACCUCGUCCUGCGAACUCWUCGAAAACGCUACAAUGAACCGAAAUACAUCCCUACACAACUACUUAAGCAGCGAUGGCGAGGAUGGAGUCCCCGAAAAUUCUCUCGCUCCAAAGGGACGUAUAGCUCCAGGCUACAGGAGACAUCUACUGCACCAACUUUACACAGCGUAAGAGUCAGCCAGCAAGAUUUCUCGGGUGCAGAGGGCAUGGGCGAUGGCCAGAACACCCAGGACGAUGGCGUGGAGAGGCAUACAAGUGUGCGUAGCGUUAUGACGCUACCUGCCUACUCUCGUUCUGUGCGUGAGAAUGAGCGUGUGCUUGCUCGUGAAGGGGAAAGAGACGGCAUUGAUGUGGUCGUCGAGGCACCUGAAACUGAAAUGGAAGAAGAGACCAGGCGUGACGAAGAAAUGGAAAGCCUAUAUCAAAUACGAUUGCAGAGGAGGCAAGAACUGGAAGAGCGCGAAGAUCGCGCGAGGCGUAGAAGAGAUGCUCGAUUACGCGGUGACCAUGCUGAGCUGGAGAGGAUUCGUCAAGAGCGAGUUCGAGCGGCCGAGGGACGGGAGAGAGCGGGUGCUGCAGCAAUGAUUGCAGAGCAUCAAUUACGAACUACCGAGCGGGAACCGAGAGUGAGCAGUGUGGUGUACGCUUCUUUGGGAGUUGCAAGGCACGACGGAACCCGCAUCCGUGCGAAUUCGAACGAAUCUGACAGACCUCUCCUGGAUUCGGCCGCGAGCAUAAGUGGUGGUAAUAGUCUUCGACCGUGGAGUACUCAGGAUACAUACAGCACUCACCACCGCAAUCGCUCUCAAAAUGGAUCCUUUGCCUCCGUUUCCGACGAGGGCGAUGCUCGUGAGAGUGUGGACGUUAGCGAGAGGCCGCCGUUUGGACGUUCUGGCAGUGAUUUUGAAAUUGUCACACUCAAUCAGGGACACUCUCGCAACAAUUCAGCCUCGCACACGCCGAACGGCGGACGCAGUCGUGCAUCUACCAAUACAGGAACAUUACGGCCUUCUGUUGACACUGGUAGGGCGAGCGCGGAUCUGGGCCAAAACAUUCCUAAUAUUGACCCGCCUUCAUAUGAUGCCGAAGGAUUUGAAGAGGCGCCGCCUUAUACAUCACCUAUCGAAGAGCGUCCAUCCCGGACGAUUGAGUCAAUGGCAUCAAAUCUCGAGCGGAGUCGAUCACGCUCCGGGAAUGGAGCGCCUCUACUGCCCGAGAUUGGGCGACUACCUAGCAUCCGCAUUGCUGAUUCUACACCAAUAUCUACACCGCUUGAUUCCCGUCGUCCGGAGUUUCCUGAAUCUGUGAGAGAAUAA